AGACAUAAUAUCACGACAACAACACCUUAACCGCGAAGGAAACGCUUUGCAUUUGAAUUUUCUUUUCUUUAAUUUAAAACUUUGAAAAACUUGUUCAUCGCAAAAAAAUUAAAUUAUUCGUCGAAAAAUCAAAGGAAAGAAAAGAAAAAUGGGCGUUUUUUCGAAUAAGAUUCAACGAGAAGAGCUUAAGGCAGGCGAUCAUAUCUACUCUUGGAGGCUCGCUUAUAUUUAUGCUCAUCACGGUGUAUAUGUUGGCGACGGAAAGGUGAUCCACUUCACUCGUGGAGCAGGUCAAGAAAUUGGGACAGGAACUGUGUUAGACCGAUUCAUUUUCAGCUCUUCCCCCUCUCAUCCUGCCGACAAUACAUGCCCAAACUGUGGUGACCAAUCAAGACUUGAUGGCGUCAUCUCGUCCUGCUUAGAUUGUUUCCUUUCCGGUGGGGAUCUGUAUCAAUUUGAAUAUAGCGUUUCACCAGCUAUAUUUCUUGUUAAAGCUCGAGGAGGCACCUGUACGCUUGCUGCUUCUGAUCCACCAGAAGACGUUCUUCAUCGAGCUUCAUUCCUCCUCGAAAAUGGAUUUGGCGUCUAUCACAUUUUCAAAAACAACUGUGAAGAUUUCGCAAUCUAUUGUAAGACGGGUCUUCUCGUUUUCACAAGCAUCAGCGUUGGUCGAAGUGGGCAGGCAGCAUCCUUAUUAGCCGCUGCCAGUGCUGUCGUUUCUUCACCGCUGCGAUUCUUAACUACCAGCUCUGGUGGACUGGCAGUUGUGGGGUAUGCUAUGUACUCUGUAAGCCGGCUUGUUUCUGAUAUCGGAAUACGGCGUGAUAUUACCAAAGUGCCAGUGGAGAGGCUUGUUUCUCGUGCUCACUUAGAAGAGUUGGAAGUUUCACCCAGUGCCGCUACCUUAGAAGAAAUUCCGGCUAAUGCGGCUAAGGAGCAAUAGUCUUAUUUACCAACAGCAUGUUGUAUGGAUUGAUAAAAUACAUCAAUUCAAUUUGACCUUGAAUAUGUAUAUGGUGCAAUGCAUAGCUAAAACUUAAGGUUUACUCGACUUUGAAGUUUAAACUGCUCUUGUGCUUCCUUC